CACCUCUCGCCCUUUAUGUCGCAGCUGCGAGCGGAUCUCCCUUCGGAAUUGUGGCUCUAUAUCCAGAGGCUCGCCACCGCCUAUUAUUCGCCUCUGAAUAUCGCGUAUGACAGUGACUUUGUGUAUCGAUAUGAUCGUGCUGUGAAUCCAUUUGAUCUCAUACGUCCUUUCCAUCAGGAUGUGAGAUCAUUCUCCCUCGUCUCCAGCUCUUGGAAUCUGCUGGCCGCUGAGCUACUUUACGAAAGCAUCUGUGUCAAUCGCUCCACUCAGUCCAGCCUCUUCGCAGCCCUCCGCAGAGCAGGUGUAUCGAACCUUGUGCGCGCCGUGAGUAUCUCCGAACCAGCAGACCUGGAUUUUUAUUGUGCCCUUUUCACGCUCUGUCCGCGCCUCGAGGUGCUCGUCCUCCAGCAUUCCAAUGAUCACAGCACGGCUUUGGAUAUAGAUCUGAUGACCAUGACUCUGGGACGAAGCCUCAUUCUCCCCCAAUUACGCUUCGUUUUCUGGAAUCGCUUCGCCGCACCAGAUGGGCUUCUGGAUCUGGUGCUGCAAGUCUCCCCGAAUGUCCAGUCUCUUUUCUCCGACGGCAGUCGGGAAAACACAAACGGGCUGAUGUUCAACACGUCACGGGGCCAUGCACCCGGUCCGCUUUCUCUAUCUUCCCUUCGAAGACUUGAAAUUCGCAGCUCUCGAGACGACGUGACCCUUCCGCUCUUGCUUUCUCUCGGAUGCGAGCAUACACUCACCCGAUUGGGCAUCCCCGUUCAACUGCUGAGGGAAGCCAACUUCCCGAUCCUCCCACGCACAACAGUUCUCGAGCUCUUCGGGUCCCGCACGGCCAUGGACUAUCCGCGCGUCUCGCGCCUAUUCCCCAAUCUCCAAGAGCUGUGCUUCGAUCUAUGGAACGCUUUCGAGGGUCCUAUGGCGCUGCCGCACGUCGCCGUGAUCAGACUCCAUUCUGUCGUGGCAAUCGUGUGGGAUUGGACCGCCGUCGAACGCACAUUCGCGCUCUUCUGCGAUACGGGGGAACUUCCGUGUAUGCGGAGGAUCGUGCUGUACAAUAUGUGGCAUCGCAUCGUCGGGAGUUCACAGCUCGCCCCGCUGCUACAGGCUCUCCGCAAGAGAGGGUGCGAUGUCGAGUUCCCUCAGUAUUGCAUCUGCAACUGAGGUGUGGUGCUGCGAAAUCGAAGCAUGGUGAUGGGAUUAUUCGCAUGCUACACGGAACAUCCACCGACCACUGGCAGAGUCAGCCUCGUAUCAAUAGAUGAUCUCGCUUUGAAUCUAACUUUCCCAAAUCGAACCAGCGGGACUGAAAACAUGCGAGGACUGUAUGCUUGGUCCGAAUCCUUAUUAUUGCUCGGAGUGACAUUAUCGGCAUUGCUCCGGUCACCAUGCAAGAGAGCAAUCACUUUCUUCGACGUAGAAGGGAGAUCCUCCAAGUACCGGUGCUGGAUAGUAUGCCGCUUAAUAGAAACGGUCGGACCAAUAAGGACCCAAU